CUUCAUAUCCCAUAUUCUAAUCCCAAAAUCACUCCGAAGUUCGAAGAGUUUUCGCCCUGACUUGCCCUAACCAUGUCCGACGUUGAGUCCCCCACUCCCAACUCGUCCGAUCAGACUCAGCCCCAGCCACCGCCAGAGAUGGAGGAGACGCCGCAGGAGCAGAAGAAGCCCGCUCCGGUCACACCCAACGUGACAUUCAGUAUCUGGCCCCCCUCCCAGCGCACGCGCGACGCCGUCAUCACGCGCCUCAUCGAGACGCUGUCCACCCCCUCCGUCCUCUCGAAGCGGUACGGCACGAUCCCCCAGGAGGAGGCCGCAUCCACCGCCCGCCAAAUCGAGGAGGAGGCGUUCGCGGCCGCCGGCGGUGCCGCUGCCGCCGACGACGACGGAAUCGAGAUCCUCCAGAUCUACUCCAAGGAGGUGAGCAAGCGGAUGCUGGAGUGCGUCAAGUCGCGCUCCCCCUCGGCCGCCCCUCCCGCCACGCCGGCCGAGAGCGCCGAGCUGAAUCAGAGCUCGGAGAUGGGCCCUGCCGCCACUGCAUCCGAGGAAGUCGCUUCUACGGUUGAGUCAGAGGCCUAGAGGCAGGCGUUAGGUCAUCACACCUCGUCUCUUUCUCCAUGGCACACUUAAGUAGUAGGAAUAUGUUGACCCCGCCCACCUAAUUAUACCAGUGACCAGUGACCUUUGCAUCUCAACUGUGAGAACUCUGGAGGUCAUUCAGAAGAGGCCGUGCAUGUGCGGGCGGAAUUUCCGAGAAGCUGGGAAGGUUCGCAGGAGAAUAUUAUCAUAAACUCGAGAGGUUUCGUGCCAGUCCCAACUGUGCAGCAAGUUCGUUCGAAUUCAAGACUCGAGAUUUCACUUAUUUUUAUUAGAUGACAUGGACUAGCAAGGAGUCGAAACGAAAUGGAAGUCUUGAAUUCUCGUACAAUUGACUCGUCUGCUGUCCCGGUUUAUAUGGCCAUACCGCUCUGCUGACGAUAGAAUGAGAGUUGUGAAAAUCUCGAACAUACCAUAGCCUAAGCUAAUGGAAUUUAAGAAAA